AUGGAGGUAUCGGGUCGUGGGUCGCACUACGAAUUCAGUCCUGCCGGUGGGAGCCCUCGCUCGCCAAGCGGCUGGCUGUCACUGGGCUCGGCGGGAUCACGGCUGCACCGUACUUACCCCUCCACCUGCUCUCUUGCCGCCUCAAGUGUGGAGGACUACUGGGAUGCCCAGUCCGCUGCGCCUUCUGGCGACCCCAGCCUGCCUGGCAGCCUCUGCGACGCAGAGUCUCGCAAGCUGCUGGAGCUGAGGGAGUGCCUGGUGGCCUCGGAGCGGCAUCGCCCGCCCCCUCCCGACGCCCACUCAUCUGCAGCAGGCGCAGGGCCUCUCUUGAGCGACCUGAGGGAGGCCAGUUACAUGGAAGAAUGCUCGGUGCGCCUCCCCUUUCCCGGCCACCGGUUCCCCGACGACGCCGAGGCGGCCGUCACCCCCCCUGCCUCUCCCACUGACAGCGAGUCGGAGGACGGCUCCGCCAUCCGCACGCCCCAGCAGCGCAGCACCGCCCGUCUGGGGCACACGGCUUCGGACGUGUGGGAUGCGGCGGUCGCAGCGGCGCAGGACGCCCUCCGCCUCGCGUCGCCGCCCCCCUGCCCGUCCCGCUGCCCCGCCUCACCCGCGACGCCCGCCUCCCGGGCGGCCUCCGCCUCCCCCGCCGCGCUCGCCUCACCCACCAGCCUGGAGGACGAGGUGGUGGUGGCGCGCAUGGUGGCCCAGAUCUGCGCGCGCGCGGUGACGGCCGCCGACCUGGAGUCCACCUGGCGUCGGCGCGUGGGCCUGCUGGAGCGGCGGCUGGGCACGGCCAAGCAGAUGACCUGGGCCAUGCUGCGCCACCACCGCGCCGCGCUGGAGGCGGUGGAGCCCUGGGCCCAGAGCCUGUCCCAGGGCGGCCUGCUCAUCGGCGCCAGCCUGGCGGGGGGGGUGGCCGCGCUGGUCGCGCUGCGCCUGCUCACUGCCAGGGCGCAGGCCGGCACGCCGUCCUGA